AUGGAGGUAGAGCUUCACGGAUUGUUUGAGAAAAACAACUCCUUCGACUAUGAUAAUUAUGAGAACAAAGAACUGGACUGCCAGUCAAAAGCAGUCUCUGAUGCAUUGGGGGUCUUCAUUCCCCUGCUUUACUCUUUGGGGAUCUUAUUGGGGCUGCUGGGACAUGGACUGGUUCUGGCAGUAUUGUGGCACAAGUGGCUGAAUUGCAGUGUGAUGGACAUCUUCAUCUUUCAUUUGAGCUUAAUUGACAGUCUUCUGCUGCUCACAAUGCCUCUCUGGGCCGUGGAUGCCGUUAAAGGAUGGAUCAUGGGGUCAGGACUCUGCAAACUGGCUGGAGUUCUGUUUAAGAUGAAUUUCUACUGCAGUAUGUUGAUGUUGGCCUUCAUCAGUGUGGACUGCUACCUGUCCAUUGUUCAUGGAGUUCAGAAGUUAUCUCGUAAAAAGCCCAUGGUGGUUCAUGGAUGUUGUCUGAUUAUCUGGCUCGUCUGCCUGCUCCUUAGCAUCCCAGAAUGGAUCUUUCUGAAAUCCAUCAGUGACAGCACAGAUCAGGUUAAAGAUGAAUGCAUUUACUUUUAUCCAGAUGAUUCCUGGCAUCGUUCCUCACGAUUUCCGCAUCAUGUCAUUUUUGGUGUGGGAACUCUUGUGCUGCUGUUUUGUUGUACCUCCAUCAUGCUGAAGCUUCAACGUGAGUCUAUGUGCCAGCAGAAGAAAAUAGGCAGAAAAACAGCGAUCAUUGCAGUCCUAGUGCUGGUUUUUCUCAUCUGCUGGACACCCUACAGCAUUGCCUUCAUUGUGAACACCGGUGCUCGUCCAGUGCACAUUGAUCCUUUAACAGGAGAGAGUGAAUGUGAAUGGAGGCAGUGGACAGCUAGCAAAAUAACAGCCAUUUUUGGGCUUCUCCAUUGCACUAUCAACCCUGUUAUUUACUUCUGUUUCUCCAAAGAGUUCAGGAGACGCUCACAGGCUGUGAUAAAGUUCAAUGCUUGUGAAUCAAACAAUAAUGACGGCUCACUUUGGGACUCUACUGCAGACAAUGUUAAUACUACUGUCCAGGAGGAGCAAGGUCCACUUCAGCAAGUCAAUGAACUUAAACCAAAAGUACAAACCCAGCAGGAGGAUACAUGA